ACUGAAAGCUCUGUGAGGACGCUGUGUUGUCUCAUUCACUGCACUGCCGAUUGCUUUACGCUUAAAAGAGUUACUAGGAUCCAGCCCUGAUGGAGGCUGAGGAGCCUCAACAGAGUGUCUCUGCUUCCAUUCCUGCCACAGAAGACAUUGGAGUCCUCCCUGCUGCCAUCAUGAGGAGCAGUCAGAUCCCUGCAUUGGAGCCUGAAGCUCAGGAAGGCCAGGACCCAUCCUACAAGUGGACAGAUGGACACAGACCCUUGAUGACCCAGCCAAAAGAGUCAAGGGACAUAAGUGACUAUGCGCCUGAGAGUAUGCCCUUUUUCUCUAAGGACAUCAUCCAGGAGGGCCUUGUGGUGGAAGCCUGUGCCACUUCAGGACACCCAGAAGUAAGCGCUCAGAGCCUGGCAGACAUACCAGCAAGAACAACAGUGCCUCCAGAGCUCUGGACCUGCACCAUGCAGGGUGGAUGGCUGGACACGGAUCCCAUGUCCUGUGGACUAGGCAGUAGAGUGGACGUAGAAUUGCAGCCAGAACUUACUUCUUUGGCAUUGGGAAUUAGCCAAGCAUAUGAGGAGGAGGAAAGUUCUCCAGACAGCUCUGCUCAUAGAGGCUUCUGGCCUCCCAGUGGAAAGCACCUGGCUGAGACCAACCAGUCUGAGAGCCCUGGAAGUGGAUCUCUCAGACAGAGGAAACAGCUGCAGUUUAAGGAAGAGCAGGAAAGUCAAGGGCAAGACAGCCUCCUCCAGCCCCUGGAGGCCCAGCGGUGGAAGAAGCAGGAAGAACAGGAAGUGGAAUUCCUGGGGGAAGGGACCCGCAGGCAUGUUUAUUCUGGUGGGCUCCAGGGGGAGCAGGAAGAGAUGGUGGAGCGAGCGAAUGGCCAGGAGGAAGAACAGCAGCGAAAGCAGGCACAGGUACAAGAUGAUGAGGUGUUUGGAGGACAGGGAGAAAAAGAUGGGCUCGGUGGGGACUUGGAAAGUCUGAAUGAAGGUGAGUGGAGUCAAGUGGAUAGGGAAAGGCGUGCCCAGGAUGAGAGAGACUCAAGAGGCUGGGAACAGGGUAAUGUGGAAUUAAGGGUUCCCGAAGAGAGUGGGGCGGAUUCUCAGUGUGCAGAGAGUCCGAGCUUCGUGGGGAGGUCAGAGCAAGUAAAGCAAGAAGAUCACAGUCAAACAGAGAAAGUGGCAGCGGCAAAGGCUCAGGAGGAGGGGGCGGCCUCCACUGAGGUGGAGUCAGAGGACGGGGAAAGGGAUGGGCAGGGGUCCGUGGGAGAAGAGCGGAGCUCCGAAGAGAGACACACACAUCGUGGUCCUUCCCCAGUGAGUGGAGUAGCCCCCGAGGUCCUCUCUCCAUGUGCCUUGUUUCCUGGGGCCCCUUGUCCCGUGAUGACUCAGAUUCCUGGGUUUCGGAGAGGACCCGACCCCGAGGCUCUGACUUCUACACAGCCCCUCGCUCAGUCUGGCUCCUUUUGUACUGAGGUAUUACUUGACGGGAGACUGGCUCCCAGCAUCCCGCAAGAUGAUUCCAAGCUGAGGGGAGGGACAGUGACUCCUCCAAAGACACCAGAUCCAUCUCCCUUUAGUCCUGCCGGCGUCUUUCCUGCUACAGCUGCCUCUUCACCUGCCAGACCCCCAGUUGCCUUUUCAGGGAGGGAGACCCAAGCAGCCUCUCCCUCAAAUGACACCCCACCUCCCCGUGACGUAUCUGAAGCUUCCCCUCCCGUCCCUCAUGGUGUCCUUCCUGCAGAUGCGGCCACGGACCCAUGUGGCAGUUCUGACAGGACCCUCUGUCCCAUGCACCUAGCCAGCUGCACUGGGGUCACCCAACACCUAAGGAGCAACUCGUUCCCGGGCUCCCACAGGACAGAACAGACUUCGGACUUGGUGGGAAUGUCACUCUCUUUAUCUCAUUCGGAGUUACCUCACGGGCCCUCCACAACUGCCAUCUGUGCCUCUGCAAUCCCAAGAAGGGACAGGAGAAAUGGAAGGGACUUCAGCGUCAUUUCAGAAUCGCCUCCUGCAUUUUCCACUCAGAGGCAGGACUCCAAAGAACUUGUUUUAAAUCCAGAGAGGUCCCACAGUCCUCAUGGCAGCCAUCCAUGGGGCUCCCCUAAGAACUCGCCCCUUGCCGUGGGCUCUCCUGAGAAUGGCUCCUCCCCACCCAGCGUUUCUAUGGAUGCGAGACUCCAUGAACCUCUGCCCCCACCACCUCCAGAAAAGAGGCAUGUCCAUCUUCCCACGGUGGAGAGAGAUGGUCAUCGUCAUGUAGCGGCCCUCACGCUGAAGCGGCAUAGCCAUCCUCCUCCCUUGGCCCUAAGUUCAGGGCUACAUGGUCCCCUUAAAGCCCCAUUUUCCCAAGCUGAGGACACUCUUUGGGCAAGGCAGCACCGACCUCUGCCGUCCACCCCCGGCAGUCCCCACCGUAGUCAGACCUCUGUCCCCCGCUCCAGACUAAGAUAUAACAAACCAUUACCUCCCACUCCCGAUUUGCCCCUGCUCCACCAUUCCUCCGUCUCUUCCAGUGUCUCAAGAAUGUAUAGGCCUCUGCCCCCUAUCCCCAUCAUAGAUCCCUCUUCAGAACCACCUCCAUUACCUCCAAAGACAAGGGUGAGGAACAGGAGCGCUCAGGGAGGACUUCUGAAUUCAGGGGAUCAAACCAAACCAAGACCGAUUGGCCGAGACUGGAUAGCCUCUACUACCCCCUCUGCUGGACGGACGUCCUGGCCUCCCGCCACCACGGGCAGAUCCACAGAGUCUUUGGUUCCUACCAGUAGGGGUAAGAGUGAAGUGUCCUCGGGACUAGCUUUCAGCAACAUGACAAACUGUCUUGAUCCCUCUUCCCCUACCACUCCGUGGACCCCGGAGCUCCAGACGCUCACCAGCAAUGAACCAGGGCUCACAGAAGAGACCGAGGCUCCUAUGAAAGGACCAUCGAGAAGACCAGCCCCUCAGAAGAGAGCCACUGGUACAAGGAGGUCAGCUGUUGACCCAGCAAGGCAGCCAGACAAUGCCAGCCACCCCCAACUGGAGAAGGCCUCCAGCUGGCCCCAUAGAAGGGACCCAGGGAUAACUCCAGAGGGCAGCAGUGGACAGAUGGUCCCUGGCGAGGGGACCAGCAAGCACAAGGGGUGGAAUCGACAAGGCCUGCGCAGACCUUCCAUCUUGCCUGAGAGCUCUUCAGAUUUAAAAAAUUCAGCCGUGGGAAGAACAUCUGGCCCCUCGGACUCUGUUGUUUUUCGGGAGAAGAAACCAAAGGAGGGCAUGGGAGGCUUUUCAAGACGCUGCUCCAAGCUCAUCAACUCCUCGCAGCUGCUGUACCAGGAGUACAGUGACGUCGUCUUGAACAAAGAGAUCCAGAGCCAGCAGCGGCUGGACAGCCUUCCUGAGGCGCCCGGACUCGCCUCCCCCCGGCAGCCUCGGAGGACCCUGGUGUCCUCGGACUCUUACCUGCAGCGCCUGUCCAUGGCCUCCAGUGGCUCCCUGUGGCAGGAGAUCCCCGUGGUGCGCAACAGCACCGUGCUGCUCUCCAUGACCCACGAAGACCAGAAACUGCAAGAGGCAAAAUUUGAGCUGAUUGUGUCAGAGGCCUCCUACCUGCGCAGUCUGAACGUAGCCGUGGAUCAUUUCCAACACUCAGCCCAACUCCGGGCCACCCUGUCCAACCAGGAUCACCAGUGGCUCUUCUCCCGUUUACAGGAUGUGCGGGACGUCAGCGCCACGUUCCUCUCGGACCUAGAAGAGAACUUCGAGAACAACAUUUUCUCCUUCCAAGUGUGUGAUGUGGUCUUGAGCCAUGCCCCAGACUUCCGCCGGGUCUACCUGCCUUACGUCACUAAUCAGACCUAUCAGGAACGCACCUUCCAGAGCUUAAUGAACAGCAACAGCGGUUUCGGAGAGGUCCUGGAGAAGCUGGAGAGUGACCCCGCCUGCCAGCGCCUUUCCCUCAAGUCCUUCCUGAUCCUGCCCUUCCAGCGCAUCACCCGGCUCAAGCUGCUGCUCCAGAACAUUCUGAAGAGAACACAGCCUGGAUCCGCAGAGGAAGCAGAGGCCACGAAGGCACAUCAUGCCCUGGAGCAGCUGAUCCGAGACUGCAAUAACAACGUCCAGAGGAUGCGGCGGACGGAGGAGCUGAUCUACCUGAGCCAGAAGAUAGAGUUUGAGUGCAAAAUCUUCCCCCUCAUCUCGCAGUCUCGCUGGCUGGUGAAGAGCGGGGAGCUGACGGCGCUCGAGUUCAGCGUCUCCCCAGGGCUGCGAAGGAAACUGAACACACGUCCAGUCCACCUGCACCUCUUCAAUGACUGUCUCCUGCUGUCCCGGCCCAAAGAGGGCAGCCGGUUCCUGGUGUUUGACCAUGCUCCCUUCUCCUCCAUCCGAGGGGAGAAGUGUGAGAUGAAGCUGCAUGGCCCACACAAGAACGUCUUCCGCCUCUUCCUGCGGCACAACGCGCAGGGCGCCCAAGCGGAGUUCCUCUUCCGCACCGAGACUCAAAGUGAAAAGCUUCGCUGGAUCUCAGCCUUGGCCAUGCCGAGAGAGGAACUGGACCUGCUAGAGUGUUAUGACUCCCCACAAGUGCAGUGCCUCCGGGCCUACAAGCCCCGGGAGAACGACGAGCUGGCGCUGGAGAAGGCGGACGUGGUGAUGGUGACUCAGCAGAGCAGUGACGGAUGGCUGGAGGGCGUCAGACUCUCAGAUGGGGAGCAAGGCUGGUUCCCCGUGCAACAAGUAGAGUUCAUUUCAAACCCUGACGUCCGGGUGCGGAACCUCAAGGAAGCCCAUCGCGUCAAGACUGCCAGACUUCAGCUGGUGGACCAGCAAGCCUAGCUCUUCUCUGUGAGGAGUCUUCUGAGCUAAGAACAAGCAGCUAUCUCCUGGAGAUGGCUUAGCCCCGUAGCUUGAUUCGGAGGCCUUCUGUGGACCAAGAACUCGGCCGUCUGAGAGCUCACGGACUAAGCCCUAGGACUCCUUUGUGUUCUGUGCUUGGUAGCGGGAAUCUUAAAGGGCUUCACACUGGAUUCCGGGGCCCAUUCUCGGAGCAGGGACUGCAGAGCCUGCGCCCGGGAAAGGUGGUUCCGCUGCCGCAGCACACUGAGUGUCCUUUGCUGUCAGAACGCCGAUUCAGAGCUGGCCAAGCAUUAGCAGAUCCUCUGUCCACAGGAGGGGGCGUUGGAGGGUAAAAGCACAUCAGAUGGGCAGGUGAACCUGGGAUCUCGAGGGUGCCUUCCAGUCCUAGAGACUCUCCAGUUACUGGCAUGAGCUCAGGGCACAUGUGUCUGAGGCGUAUGUCUUGGUGACAGUGUGAGGGCGAUACUCUCUCACUCUAAUAAACUUGGCACUUUUGCAGGUA